UCAUCGCCACGAGGCAAAAGUCCUUCACAAAGAGAGAGAGAGAGAGAGAGAGAGAGAGAGCGAGAUGGGUCGUGGCCGAGCGCCUUGCUGUGCGAAGGUUGGACUGAACAAAGGCUCAUGGACGCCGGAGGAGGACCUGAGGUUGAUAGCUUAUAUUCAGAAGCAUGGGCACGGAAAUUGGCGCGCUCUGCCCAAACUCGCCGGUUUGCUUAGGUGUGGGAAGAGCUGUCGGUUGAGGUGGAUUAAUUACCUUCGCCCAGAUAUCAAGCGCGGCAACUUCACCGAGGAGGAAGAAGACAACAUAAUAAAGCUGCAUGGGCUGUUGGGAAACAAGUGGUCCAAAAUCGCGUCACACCUACCGGGAAGAACUGAUAAUGAGAUAAAGAAUGUGUGGAAUACGCACUUGAAGAAGCGAUUGGCAUUCAAAGAGCAGAACAAUCCUGAGGAGGCACUCAGCUCAUCUUCCUCCAGCACACUCCCCUCCUGCUCUGAUCAAGGUGACAACAAGAGCAACGGGGAACAGAACAAUCCAUGCUUGCACUCCCACAACUCCUCGUUCGAAGUGAUCGAGAUCCCCAUCGAGCCCGACGUGGACUUGUGGAGCAUGUUGGAUGAAGAACCGCGCGGUAGCACCACGAUCAUAUCAAGCGCUUCUUCGACAGAACUCUCCGCCAUGAAUCAUGGCGUCGACCCGGAGGUUGUUCCUGACGUGCUAAUCGAUCCGGAUAUUUGGAGCAUGAUCGAGGACGAGGAUGCAUGCUCGUUGACCUGGGAGGCACUUGAGCCGAACAAUUCCUUUGCAGUGGAAGAGGAGUCAAAUAGAGAAGGGAAUGACGGUGAAUGGUUGGAGUACUUGGAGAAGGAGCUUGGCUUAAGGGAAGCUGCGGCCGUGGAGGACCAAGGGAGCCCGCUGAGGGGUGCUGUCGAACAACCGUGUCCGUGGGUUGAGAGGGAGGAAGGUGACACAGUGUCAUGUUAUCUUCACGAGGGGCCAUCUUGUCCAUCCCGUUCGGAUCGUCUUGAGAUUGUCUUGAUAGAUUGACAUGGGUUGAAAGUUUGGCUCAUUUGCACAACAGAGGGUGUAUCUUUUAAUCAGAUCAUGCCAAGUUUCAGGGAUGUUGGACGAAUUCCUCCUACCUUCCCUCGACUGAGUCAAAGUUGUGGGUGAUCAAGUUAGAAUUUUGCACCUGCAAAGAUGCUACUGUUAUGCAUGUCAAUUGCUCGGUUCUGCUACCGUCGGCAGCAGCUGAUUUGAUUCAUCAUCGCCACAUGUAUUUUGAACUUGAUACAUGGAAUAUAUGCAUCAAAAUGCUUCUGUUCUUGCAUUA